AAAUAUCACCUGUUCGUCUCGGGCGAGACGGCUCGGAGUGCUGGCCUAGCCGCCAUGGAGCAUGUCGUGACUUACGCGGCACGCUGCGACCUCGUCCCGAGCAAGCCAACGCUCGGCGCGAGCUAUAGCGGCCGUCGGCGGAGGGUGCGAGGCGGCGAGACGGGCUAUGCAUAUAUCGACGGCUGAGCCGCAGGAAUGCACCUCAACAUUUACUCGUUGAGAGCACUUAGUGUGUAGUCAAUUGCACAGGAAGUACAGCACCGACAGCGGUAUAACACGGUACCCUCCUCCGUCAAUAGCAGACAACAAACAUCCAUUCACAAUGCCGGCAUCCUUCCUGGCCCUCCCCCGCGAGCUCCGCGACCAAAUAUACGACGCUCUCUGGAUCUCAACCCCCAAAAUCACGCUCCUCGACCACCCCUCCAAGGGACGCAUAGUAGCCUGCUACAAAUCCCUCGUGACGCGCGAAACCGCCCUGCCAACCUGGCUCCUCACCAACAAGCAAACCCUCUCCGAAGCCACUGCCCAGAUGGUCCGUCACGGCACCUGGAUCGUGCGGCUGCGCAGCGACUACGACGCGCCGCCCGGCACUGUGCUAUCGCCCACGCUCGCCCGCCGCCUGACCCUCACCCUGACACACGCGCUCGAGGGCCCGCGGCCACGCUGGCCCCACGUCGUGCGCGACGCCACGCUGGGCCCGUCGCGCGAGAACGCCGCGUGUCUGGCGCACGCUCUGGAGCACAUCGCCGGGUCGCGCAACGCGCGCGACGUGCGCCUGGUGCUGGAGCUCGUGCGGGAGGAGCCGGGGGCGCGGCUGGAUCUUGCGCCGCUCGAGGCGGCGAGUUGUCUGCGGCCUGGGUUGCGGAGCCUGGAGGUGGUGGUUAUGCGGGAGCAGGUUUAUCGGGCGUAUAGUGCGGGGUUUGUGGAGGCUGUGGGUGCAGAGGUGAAGAGGGUGGGGAAUAAGGUACUGGGGAGUGAUGAGGAUCCGAGUGUGUGUGGGUUUUUGAAUGAUAGUGGGCUUGUGUAUACAUUCAGUAAGCCUGGGGAUAUGGAGCUGUGUCGGGUCGAUUCGGCAGUUGCUGAAGCGGGAUGCUGACGGGGUGUGAGAAGCCGAACGGAUAUGAACAUAAUGAUGAACAGAGUGAAAUUGGAGACAGAGGAAUCUCCACCAAAUUGAAGCACAUCCAGUCACCGUAGAGCCGUCUAACACGUGAACCGCUUUUGAGGUUGCUAUUUCUUGCGCACUGUCUUUGCUAACAAUGUCCAAGUGAUCGCUUAUUGAAGCCGUUAUGCGCUCAUUGAUGAAGGUGUGAUGGAGAAACAUUGUAGGUGCAGCGACCACUAUCAUGUAGGAAUUGUGUACAAGGAAGUUGUCGACAGACACGAGUACAUUGGCUCUGUCGUUUACUCACUACAAGUACAUUCAUAGAAUGCGAGUGCUAUCCCCUUCUUCCCAUUC